AUGGGGAAGCGACAGCAUCAGAAGGACAAGAUGUACAUUACCUGUGCUGAAUACACUCACUUCUAUGGUGGCAAGAAACCAGAUAUUCCACAAGCAAAUUUUCGUCGUUUACCUUUUGAUCACUGCAGUCUCUCUCUGCAGCCCUUCGUCUACCCAGUCUGCACCCCUGAAGGCGUCGUCUUUGACUUGCUUAACAUCGUCCCUUGGCUUAAGAAGUAUGGGACCAACCCCAGCAAUGGAGAGAAACUGGAUGGGAGGUCCCUGAUCAAGCUGAACUUUGCAAAGAACAAGGAAGGAAAGUACCACUGCCCAGUGCUGUUCACCGUGUUCACCAACAACACCCACAUUGUAGCUGUCAGGACCACUGGCAACGUCUACACCUAUGAGGCAGUGGAGCAGCUAAAUAUCAAGGCCAAGAACUUCCGAGACCUGCUGACGGACGAGCCCUUCUCUCGGCAGGACAUCAUCACCCUCCAGGACCCCACCAAUUUGGACAAAUUCAACGUCUCCAAUUUCUUUCAUGUGAAGAAUAACAUAAAAAUAACAGAUCCUGAUGAAGAAAAGGCCAAACAGGACCCAUCUUAUUAUUUGAAAAAUACAAACGCCGAGACCCGCGAGACGCUGCAGGAGCUCUACAAGGAGUUCAAAGGAGACGAGGUCCUCGCGGCCACCAUGAAGGUCCCCGAGAAGAAGAAAGUGGACAAGCUGAAUGCUGCGCACUAUUCCACCGGGAAGGUCAGCGCCUCCUUCACCUCCACCGCCAUGGUUCCAGAGACCACGCACGAAGCAGCUGCCAUCGAUGAGGACGUGCUGCGCUACCAGUUUGUGAAGAAGAAGGGCUACGUGCGGCUGCACACCAACAAGGGCGACCUCAACCUGGAGCUGCACUGCGACAUGACGCCAAAGACCUGUGAAAACUUCAUCAAGCUCUGCAAGAAGCAGUAUUACGACGGCACCAUCUUCCACAGAUCCAUCAGGAACUUUGUGAUCCAGGGGGGUGACCCCACCGGCACAGGCACAGGCGGGGAGUCAUACUGGGGAAAGCCCUUCAAAGACGAGUUCCGGCCCAACCUCUCGCACACGGGCCGGGGCAUCCUCAGCAUGGCCAACUCGGGGCCCAACGCCAACAAGUCUCAGUUCUUUAUCACCUUUCGCUCCUGCGCGUACCUCGACAAGAAGCACACCAUCUUCGGGCGGGUUGUUGGGGGCUUUGACACACUGACAGCCAUGGAGAACGUGGAGAGUGACCCCAAAACCGACCGCCCUAAGGAGGAGAUCCGCAUCGACUCCACCACGGUGUUUGUGGACCCCUACGAGGAGGCCGACGCUCAGAUUGCUGAGCAGCGCAAGACGACACAGCUCGAGGAGGCAGCCCCAGAAAGCACGGGAAAAACCCACCAGCCCAAGCCGGGGAGCCAGGGCCCCCAGACGUACCGCCAGGGGGUGGGCAAGUACAUCAACCCAGCGGCCACGAAACGGGCAGCAGAGGAAGAGCCUUCCACCAGCACAGCUGUCCCCGUGGCCAAGAAAAAGCCCAGCCGAGGCUUUGGGGACUUCAGCUCAUGGUAGCAGCUGGUCUGCCCCUCUGGAGCCCCGGAGGGACUCAGGGCUGGGGGCCUGUGUCCACACCACAGAGUUCUCUGCCCUUCCGACUACAGCUUACUAAAGCUCUUGCUUGUUGCCGGAGUCCCCUUUCCUGGCCCUCGGAGUCCACGGGCCUUCCCAGCCUUCACUUGGUACGGUGGCCCCGGGCCGAGCCCGAGCCC